AUGCCAUUCCAACGUCCCGCGAAGAGUGAGCUGGAAUUAUCCGAAGAGAAACUUGCGACUCUCCGGGAGGACUGGAAAGAUCUGAGGCAAGCAACAAUCAGACGUUGCAGAGCGUGGGUGGAUGCGUUGCAGAUUGCACAAGAGGCCUACAAUGAUUUGCUGAGUUUGUUGAAACAAUUGACAUUAACAUCGUGCAGCGAUGCGGACGAAGAAAUUACGGGGGACGCGUCCGAUUUGUUGACUUACAUCUUAGACUCCAUGGAAGCUUUGGCUAUUGAGCUGCAAAACGACCCUUCCCUGACGUCACGAAUGGAAUGCCUGGCCAAUCAGCUGAUCGCCUUAUCAGCUGAUCUGAGGAGCGGAGAUCUCGAACCGCCGUCGAACGUGGAUGCCCUUUUGAACCGGACACAGGAUUUGCAGGAGGAACUCGCCGAUUCCUUAUCCGAAGCCAGGAGUGACCUGCAGGAGGUGGUGAGUGCCCUGGAGGCGAAGGAGGGCCGAGGUGGAGGCGCAGGAGGGGGAGAUCGAGUCGUUGCAAGGUGGAAGUCCUCCUGAAGAAGAUACUGACGGAGGCGGUGACGAUGGC